GUUAUUAUCUUUAUACUGGUCUAUAUUUCUUUAGUAACGCAAUGUUUUAUUCGUUGUUGUUUUGUUUUAACUUUAGGCUCCUUUGUUCCCGAGUAUUGUUCUGAGCUGUUGAAGCUAAUGAUUUGUGAGGCUCGCUUCAGAACAAAACCUCUAACGUUAAACUUGCAUAAUCAUGGCAGAGGUAGACGAGGCCGACAUUCAGACGAAGAAAAGCAAAACCCUUAUCGUACGGCAUCUGCCCAGAGAACUCAACAGAGAUGAAAAAGAGGAUCUCCUGAAAUAUUUUGGUGCCUCAUCUGUCAGAGUGCUGUCAGAGAAGGGACCCCUAAAACAUAUGGCAUUUGCAACCUUUAGCAGCGAGACCUCUGCCUCUAAGGCACUGAACAGACUUCAUCAGCUGAGGAUCCUUGGUCACACACUAGUGGUUGAGUUUGCGAAAGAUCAAGACCAUGUCACUGUUCUUAAAGACCCACCAGUGUCUAAGAGUGGUGUUGGUGUCCAGGCUGAGAAGGGGAAGAAAGAAAAACAACAAAACAAUGUUCCUCUGGUGGACAACAGCAUUGCUCCCAGUCUGGGGUUGAAAUUUCAGACAAAUCCAACGCUGAAAUAUUUAUACCCUCCUCCUUCAAGUGGAAUUUUGACAAACAUUACACACACUCUUCUGAGCGUGCCCAAGUUCUACGUUCAAGUUCUUCACUUGAUGAAUAAGAUGAACCUUCCCAGCCCGUUUGGACCAGUGACAGCUCCUCCGCCAAUGUUUGAGAUGCCUCCAGGCCCACUGCCGCCCAUGCCCCCACCCUUCCCCCCAGAGAACCCUCCUCUCCCGGAGCACGAGGAGGGGGCGUCGGGCAGUGAAGAAGAAUCUGAGUACGAAAGUGGAGAUGAGGAGGACAAGGAGAGGAUGAUCAGACUGAUGGGCCUCGUUAACCAGCCAUGCAAAAGACCGUUGAAAACAAAGACUUCUUCCAAGAGAAAGAAACCCAAACUAAAAGACCUCCUGUUUAUUCCCAAACCAGAUUCCCACGGCCCCUCAGGCCCAGCCCUGCAGCCAUCAGACGUGUUCGAGCAACCUCAGACACUUGGACAGAAAAAGAUUGAGUUCCAUAUAUCGGCUGAGGUGUCCACCAUCCUCGAGGGUCCCAGACAGAAUCAGGAACCGCAAUUUGCAGAUGCGACUGAAGACACGGUAGAGAUGGAGGUUUCCGUUCAGGAUGCUGCAGAAGGGUUUGGGAAGAUCUACCCAAGCGCUCAGGUCCCCAGACACGAGGAAGAGAGGGUAGAAGAUGAGGACAUCCCCUCGGAGUUCAUCUCUAGGAGAGAGCUAGAGAGAGGGAGACUCUCUAGAGACGAGAUGAAGAAAAUGUCUGUGUUUAAAAAUUAUGAACCUGGAGAACCAACCUGCAGACUUUAUGUUAAGAAUGUUGCAAGGCAAGUUGAAGAAAAAGAUCUGAAGUUCAUCUACGGCUGGUAUAUCGACAUCUCCUCAGAGGAGGAGAGAAACAUGUUUGAUAUUGUUUUGAUGAAAGAGGGGAGGAUGAAAGGUCAGGCCUUCAUCGGGCUCCCCAGCGAGAGAAGCGCAGAAAAGGCCUUAAAGGAAACCAAUGGAUAUGUUCUCAACGACAAACCUCUUGUGGUGCAAUUUGCCCGAUCUGCAAAACCUAAACAGGAAUCUGCUGACUCAAAGAAAGGAGGGAAAAAACACUGAACUGAAUGCUGCUGUUGAGUUGUGUUGGACAGAAGUUCAUCAUCGAUUGAUGUAAUAUUUUUUUUUAUUAUUAUUAUUAUAUUUGAUUUUGUUGAUAUGUCUUACAAUACAAAAAAUAAAAGGUAAAUAAUACUUUUAUCUGUAUCUUCAUUGAAACUGCUGGCCGAUUUCAAGACCCUCUCAUAACAAUAUUGUUUAUAUAUAUUCCUUCCUUUGCAAUAUUGUUAUUAAUCUGGGUUGUUUGUGCGUUCAAGGUUGCAAAAGGUUGGAUCCUGAUGUUUAAUGGUACCAGUAUUGUUCUGCACGCACAACAUGUGCCUUUGAUGUGAAGGAGAAUAAAUUUAGAAGUCGCUAUCAGUCAGCCAGCUCAUCUUCCAACAGCACAGCAACAGAUGGUGCUGUCAAUACAGCAGAGCUCAGACAAACACAAACAAUACACAAGAAAGACUGUGACCAGGGCUGGCUCGACUCGAAGAUUAGCUGUUAUUUGUUCACUGUACUGUAGUCUGAGAUCUAAGAUUCUCAAGACGCAUUGUGCCAGGUUGGAUUUCAGGGACGCCAAAUGCUUUUGCUUUUCAUGAUCAAUCAUGAUGCUCAAUCAUGAUCUGUCUUGACAUUGUAUAUUAAGCAUGAAUGAGAUUUGAGAUUUUACUAUGCUUUGCAACAAUUUGGUCACACAAAGAAACCAAUACUGUCCCUUUUUUUUUGUUGUUGUGUUUUUUUAAGGUAGUACUAGAUCAACUGAUUGAGGGUUCAACAUAAACCACACAGGUCAAAAGUUUGGAGUGAUUUAUUAAUGGAUGAAAUGUUUCACCAAGGCUGCUCUUAUAUACAUUAAAUGGUAAUAUUGUGAAAUACUACAAUUUAGAAUCUAUUUUAAUUUAAAACCUAAUUUACUGUUUGAUUUGUUGAUGAAUAAUGCUAACAAACGUUGUGUGCAGCAAAUCAACAUAUUACAAUGAUUUCUGAAGGAUCAUGUGAUACUUUAGACCAGAAUAAUGACUGCUGAUAUUCAGCUUUGCCAUUACACGAAUAAAUUAGAAAACAGUUCUUUUAAACUGUAGUAAUAUUCCACAAUUAUAUUGAUUUCAGUGUAUUUUUGAUCAAUUAAAAGCAGCCUUGGUGAGCAAAAGGUCUUUCAAAAACAUGAAGAAAUCUUAAUUAGUCCAAACUUUUGAGCGGUUGUGUGUUAGAAUAUUGUGGUGGGUCGAAGCCCAUCUGAUAUUCAAAUACUCUUGAUUGCUUUGCCUAGAUGAGAAAAAAAUUCCAGCUUCCAUCUGUGUCCAAUGGCAUUCCCAACAAGGGCCCUUUUAUCACUUUUGAAAUUAUUUCUGAUAAAUGUCUUGGUAAUUCUCAAUAUUUCCACGGGGGCUGGUGCAUUUGUCAUCAUUGAAGUCAGUGGCAGAGUGUCUCACAGAUGGGAACUCCUCACGGGUGGCAUUGAAGUACGAGCCGCAGGUCGAGUGCCUCCUCUCCCCUCUGCCCGACGCACAUGUGUGAUUGAUGACAACGUCUGUGUAGAUCUUCACCUGCAGGAGCCGCAUCGGUUCAUUACCAUGAGCCCACAGCACAACACUGCCUACCAGGACACAUCAAAGGACACUGCUGUGCUUUCCUAUCUACAGUGGGAACGCAAUGAGGGUAUCAAAGGGCUUUAGAGCUCUAAAACAAGGAGAACAUUUUUAAUAAGGAGAUCUGCAUUUAAAGGAAUAUAAUUCAGUCAGGGACAUCACUUGGGCAGGACAACUGGGAACAUUAUGCCAUGUCCAAAGGGAGAGAGGGUCCACCCACAAAAAUGUGUUCAGAGCCCUGAUUUCUAUUUAAACUUAUGUGUUGGUUUAGGUGGUCAAUUUUGCUACAUGGUUACCCUAAGGCAGGGUUUAGUCCAUAGACUGUAUGGUUUAGUCUAGGGCUAUAAGCUGGUCAGUAUAUUUGAACUGAACUGGUGCUUGCAGAUACAGUAUAUCUUCAUUAUCAAUCCAAUAAACUAGAAGUUACAUAUGUUUAUAGAAUUCAUUCUACAAUUCAGAAGCAUGUACUACAUGGUAAGGAUGGGCGAAUCGAUCCGGUGUUUUUAUUUACCAUUGAUUUUGUUUAUUUAACAAAAAAUAAUGCGUACAAUAUGCAUUAAAUUGGAUGAAUAACUUAUGUUAGCAAAUAUUUGUGUGGGAGGGAUUUACCUGCUCAUCUGAACCUGUUUUUAUACAGUCUGUGAUCUGAACACACUCAAAUAUUGCAAGGCAGAAUCAAUCAAUUACAACGAUUGUUCACUCACUUCUGAGCUGUUUCCCAAGAGUAGCCUAUAGUAAGAAAGCAUUGAUGUUUUAGAGAACGGCAGCCCAGAACAAUGCAGAAAAAACAUGUAUGUUUGAGUUAUUUCACAAUAAACAUACCCUAGUUUGUGCAAUACAUUUAUUUAAAUUUGAAUGUUAAAAGUUUAUAUUGCUCAUGUUCAAUUCUGUAUUGUCAAUAUAAAUCAUACACUCUCUCAAUAAAAAGGUUGCAUUUUAUGCAAGCAACAGCCUAUUACUG